CAAAGCACGCCGGCUGCGUCGCCUCUGUUCCACUUCCACCUCCGCACCCAGGCCCAAAGGCCGAAACCGCAAGACCAUCCAGCCAAGCCACCCAUCCACCCCUCUCUCUCUCCUGCUGUUCCACCUCCGCCGCCUCGCCUCGGCAACUGCUCCACGAGCGGCUGAGCGGCCGCUCGCCGGCGGCCAAACCCUAGGCGAUCGCGGAGAACCAACCACGCUUCGGCCGCGAUCGGCUGCCGCCGCCAUGCAGGGCUUCCCCGGCGGCACCCCCGAUCCGCAGCAGCUCCAGGCCACUAUGCUCGCCAUCGAGCAGGCCUGCUCUCUCAUCCAGCUGCACAUGAAUCCAUCUGAAGCGGAAAAAGUGAUAAGUUCACUACAUUCGUCUCUGAUGCCUUAUCAAGCAUGCAGAUUCAUUCUUGAGACAUCCCAAAUGCCUAAUGCAAGAUUCCAAGCUGCUGGUGCAAUUGGUGAUGCUGCAGUAAGGGAGUGGGGAAUCCUUACAGAUGACAACAAAAGAAGCCUAAUACUAUAUUGCUUGAACUACGUUAUGGAGCAUGCAAGUUCCCCUGAUGGCUAUGUGCAAUCCAAAGUUUCUGCCGUGGCAGCUAGAUUGCUGAAAAGAGGCUGGGUUGAAUUUUCAAACCAAGAGAAAGCAGCUAUCUUCUUUGAGGUUGAGCAAUCCAUCCGGGGUAUCCAUGGCCCUAAUCGACAGUUUGCUGCUAUCAAUUUCUUGGAAAACUUGGUUUCAGAAUUUUCGCCUUCAACUGCUUCUGCUAUGGGCCUGCCUAAGGAAUUCCAUGAGCAAUGUGAAUGUUCACUUGAACUGCACUUUUUGAAGGAUUUCUAUUGCUGGGCACAAUCUGCUGUAUUCAAUACUGCGGACAAAAUCUUGAAUUCAAAUGAAACUAUACCUGAGGAGAGAGCAUGUUCUGCGGGAUUGCGCCUGAUGUUUCAGAUAUUAAGCUGGAAUUUCAAGCAUACUGUUGAGCCUGAGAGUUCAGAUGCGAAGAUAAAUUCUGGCUUGAGGAUUGAUACCAUAAAUCUGAAGAAGUUUGAACGUUCUUUGGUGAAGCCAGGGUCUAUGUGGAGAGAUGUUCUAAUAUCAAGCGGACACACUACCUGGGUUCUGAACUUCUAUACCACCUUGCGCCAAAAGUACUCGUAUGAUACUCUAUGGGGUGAUUCUCCCAUUGCUGUCUCUUGCAGACAGCUUAUAGUGCAGUUAUGCUCCUUGGCAGGCUCUGUGUUUCCAAAUGAUAAUGGAGAUGCACAGAUUAAACACCUUAUUACGAUAUUAUCUGCUGUUGUUCUGUGGAUUGAACCUCCUGAUGUAAUUGCAGCAUCAAUCCGAAAUGGAGGAAGUGAAAGUGAGUUUAUAGAUGGUUGCCAUGCCCUGCUUUCAAUGGCUUCUUUGACUACUGGCUCACUUUUUGACAACCUCCUAAAGUCAAUAAGGCAUUAUGGCACAAUUAAUCUGCUUUCAGCUUUGACUUCAGAAGCUGUCAAGUCUGUUCUGGUUAACCAGAGUGAAGAGGAAACCUGGGGCAUAGAUUCUCUUGAUAUUUUGUUAGAGACAUGGAAUGUUAUUCUGGGGGAUGUCGAUGCCGAUAAAAGUCCUAUCGCAGUUGAUGGAGCACUUGCAGCUUCAAGUUUGUUUAAGAUCAUUGUUGAGUCACAUUUGAAGGCUGCUGCUGAUUCUGCAUUCGAGGAUACCGAUGACACUGAAUACUUUCAUGUUUCUGUUUCAAAGCGUGAUGAGCAGUUGGCCUUGUAUGCUCUGAUUGCACGUGCUGCUCCAGACACUACUAUUCCAUUUCUUGCACAAUUGUUUUCAGAACGAUUCGCACGGCUAAAUCAGAGAAAUGGUGAAAGUGAUCCUACUCAAACACUGGAAGAGCUCUAUUGGCUGCUGUUGGUUACCAGUCAUGUCCUAACUGAUUCAGGUGAAGGAGAAACACUGCUUAUACCUGACGCAUUACAGGCUGGAUUCUCCAAUGUGAUUGAAGCAGCACAGCAUCCUGUUGUUACACUCUCCUGGUCAAUAAUAAAUUUUUCCAGGCAGUGUCUAGAUCCAGGGAUUAGGGCAAAAUACUUCAGUCCACGACUAAUGGAGGCUGUAAUUUGGUUCCUGGCCAGAUGGGUUGCAACCUAUUUAGUACCACUUGAUGUGAGUAGAGGGCAAGUAAGCAGAGGAGAAAUUGAUAGUAUUGGUACAAAUGGAUCCCAGCAUUCUAGAAAGCUGCUAAACAGUUUUGCUUGGGAGAAUAACCAAGGAGAGCUCGUUCUUGAUUUUGUUGUUCUCAUUUCAAUGUUAGCACUUACUACAUAUCAGGGAGAAAAUGAGUUGCAGACACUGACAUGCCAGAAGCUACUUGCUACGGUUGUUCGCCGGAAACACACAUGUGCUUAUCUUGUUCAAUUGGAUUCAUGGCGUGAUCUUACAAGAGCUUUUGCAAGUGGACGCUCUUUGCUUUCAUUGAGUGGACGUUUACAAAGAUCUCUAGCGGAAACACUUGCCUGUGCAGCUUCCUGCAUCAAAGAUCCUGAAGCAUCUGCACAGUACCUGAGGGAUCUCAUGGGACCAGUUGCAGGGUGCCUUGUGGAAAAUGCUAGUAGGAGUGAUCUGAAAUCUGUGGCACAUCAAGCAGAUGUUGUCUACAUGGUCUGUUGUCUAUUGGAACGACUAAGAGGAGCUGCAAGAGCUGCUCAACCUCGCACUCAAAAAGUUCUAUUUGAGAUGGGUCGUACUGUGAUGAACCCACUCUUGACUCUUCUGGAGGUCUACAAAAACCAGUCUACAGUCAUAUACAUGAUACUCAAGUUUGUGGUUGACUUUGUUGAUGGUCAAGCUGUAUUCCUGGAUGCUAAAGAAACAUCAGCUUUGGUGAGCUUUUGCCUGCGACUGCUCCAGAUAUACUCCUCUCAUAACAUUGGGAAGGUAAUGCUCUCACUUUCUUCGAGUCUGCGUAGUGAGUCGCAAGCAGAAAAAUAUAAGGAUCUGCGUGCUUUGCUUCGUCUUCUUACAAAUAUAUGCUCAAAGGAUUUGGUUGGCUUUCUGUCUGAUUGCGAUGGUGAUGGUUCACCAGAUAUUGCAGAGGUUAUCUAUGUUGGUCUUGAUAUUGUGACUCCCUUGAUAUCUUUGGACCUUCUGAAAUACCCUAAACUCAGUCGUGAUUAUUUUGUGCUCAUGUCGCACUUGUUGGAAGUGUACCCGGAAAAGGUUGCUCACUUAAAUAGGGAUGCUUUUGCAAGGAUUAUUGGAAGUCUUGACUUUGGGCUCCGUAAUCAGGAUAGCGAUGUUGUUGAGAGGUGCCUGGCAGCAGUAAAUGCUCUUGCUUCAUACCAUUUCAAAGAAAGGUUGGGAGGCAGAGGAGGACUGAACUCACAGCUUAUGGAAUCUGAAGGAUCAAAUGGCAAAGUUCAGGAAAGCAUAUCAAGUCACUUCUUGAGGCUUCUCCUGCAAAUACUUCUUUUUGAAGAUUUCAGAUUGGAAUUAGCAGGUCAUGCUGCAGAUGCUUUGCUUCCUUUAUUGUUCUGCGAACAGGAGCUAUAUCAGGGACUGGUCCAUGAGGUGCUUGAGAAACAGCAGAAUCCGACCAUGAAAUCAAGGCUGGCAACUGCGUUCCAUAAUCUCACAAGCUCAAACAAUCUCUCAAGCGCGCUUGACCGGCCAAACAGGCAGAGAUUCAGGAAAAACCUCCUCAACUUCUUGGUGGACAUCUCAAGUUUCAUGCAGAUCAAGUAGAUGGUAUGAUGUCAUGGACCCAGUGAUGUUUCGUCAGUCAGUUAAACUCGGAGGUCUGUCACCAUUGUGACAGGGGAGUGCAUGUGGGCAUCGCGCUGGCGGAGUGAUGAGCGAGGACACUACCAUGAGGCCGGCUUUGGUGGUUUGGCCAGUAGAUCUUGAAGGGGUAGUGUCACCAGAAAGGAUAGGGAGAUGUGCUAGUCUUAGGGUCGGCAUUCAUUCGUAGCUGCGUUUGCUGGAAAAGAUACAGACGUCCCCAUCCAUGCGGUCGUCGUGUAAAUGGUUUUGUUAGAAGCGGUGGGAGUUUUGUUGCGACAAUUAUAUUGGCUCGAUCCGGCAGUUUCCCACAGGUAGGAGAGGGUAGAAUUGGUUUUAGCUGGUGGCCACGAGAUGGCCGGUCGGUGUAAAUUGUGCCUGUAAUACUGCUCGACUUAAAACAUGCCUUGUAUUUUCAAAAGGUUAGAGCGUCACGGGUUGCUGUAACCUGAUGGGUUGAUUACUCUUUCCCGUGGCCGAGGAAUCUUAGGAUCCGCAAAGGAGGCUUUGCCUGCACA